CUAUUCUGCGUAGACAAGGUUGUACUGUCGGUGAGAUCGGUCCCACGAACGUUCCCUGUAUUCAAAUCAUGGAGCAUCGAGGCUUUAAGAGCUAGAGAACGCGACGAGAUUUCUUCAGGAGCUUUUGGUAGAGGGUUCAUGGAUGUAGAUUUCUGUAUGAUUGUCGAUAAUCGCCGGCUGGAUAAAGUUGGACAGAAACACGAUGGCGAUGUUGCUAGUGUCACUGAGGACCGCGACUUACAGGCGUAUGUUCAGGAGUUUGCAUCUAAAACUCGACUUCUUGCCACUACGGGAAUUCAAAUAUUACAAUUGGUCGAAAAGGCACCACAAGUUCUUUUGGGAGAUGGGAACUUCGCGAAAAUGCAUGAUGCGGCUCAGAAGAUUCUUGGUGUGCAUAGUGAGGUGCCACGUGUUAAACCCUACCAUCCCGGUCCAAGUCAACAUCGCGACACAUGUACAGAAAACAACGACGUAUCGAAGGACUACGAGAAGGGCGUCGCAUCACAACUAGCUGAUGACGUGUUCUGGAAUGAUCCUGACACAUUAGUGAUGAUAGAUGAGAUUAUGAAAGCGGUUGAAGAGCGGGAUCACUUCAUGAGAAUGCAAUGUGACGUCCCUAGCUUCAGCUUGGGCUUAUCUUCAGACGACGAUGCUGGCGAUGUUGCUGAAAGUCAACAUACGAGCGACAAUGGAUUUAAACAGCCGGGUAGGAUGCAACCUGAAGUUGACGUGCAAAAAGUGGUCCUCGAUUCGUCUGAUAAGACGACUAGGACAAUUGACAAGACACCGACUAUUGAAGUUUCUGGCUUGGUCCCUGAUCAGUGCGUUACUACAG